AUGCGAGCGGUUUGUAAACGAGAUUUCGCAAAACUACGCUUUGUGAUGGCACCAAAGAAUAAAGAAGAUGUGUCGGCGAUUAACACAUGGUUGUGGGAGAAGCCACCCGUUGACCCAACAAUUCUCGCUCAACAACAACAAAAUCAACGUGAACAGCAAACAAAGCAACGACUUCAGCAACAACAAGCUGCUGGCCAACUCCUUGCUGCACAACGCGAACAACAGAAGAAACAACAAGCUAUGCAGAUUUUGCAGCAGCAACAGUUGCUUCAAGCGCAAAAGCGUCUUUUGGCUACGCAGCCAAAUAUUCGCUCAUCUGGUUUGGGAACCAAUCCAGGGCAAAGCCUCAUAGCAGGGUUUCGUACAAGUCUAGCAAGAAAUCUAGCAAUGCAACGACAUCUGGCUCAAGUUGCGCAACAACAAACUCAACAAAACAGGGGUUCGUCUUCGAGAUUGAACGAUGCUGCAGCGCUAUUCCAGCGUAACCUAGCACAAAAGGCUACAGCAACCCCUUCUCCUAAGUCAGCCCAGCCAUCACAAACUAAAUCUGCAAUGAGCUCGUCAGUCUCAACUCCAUCGACACAUGCUACACUAAACCGAAAUCCCAUACCAAAUGGGGCUGGGUUGGCGACAACAAGUCAAUAUGCAUGUGAAAUCUGUGAUCAAAACGUCCAAGAUCGCGACCGUUAUUUGACACAUUUGCAAGUUUUUCACAAGCAGAUGAAAGGGAAAACGGUGAAUGACAUGCAACAGGGUGCACCAUUAGCAUGUAGCCGCUGUAAAGAAAGGUUUUGGACGUACGAAGGACUUGAAAGACAUCUUGUAAUGUCUCAUGGUUUGGUUACCUCCGAUCUCUUGAGCAAAGCACAACGCCGAGAAGAUGGUGGACGAUGUAAACACUGCAGCAAGCAAUAUGCGUUCAACAUGCUUCAACACUUGGUCGCUGAACAUCAAGUGAAGUUGUGUUCUGCCGAAAUCAUGUAUUCGUGUGACGUUUGCUCAUUCAAAUGCGCUUCCUAUCAACUACUUGAAACUCAUCUCAGCACAGUGCAUCCAAAAAAUGGUGGCAUGGGGGAAAAUGAUCGAGCUCGAACAAAAUGUUUGCAGAGCAAUGGUGCCGAUGCGGACAAAGAUGAUGAAAUCGUUACCCUUGAC